AUGAAUAAUAAUAAUUCCAUAACACGGUUUGAUCGUUUAGCGACAGAAAUUAUUUUGGACAUAUUUGAUUAUUUAUCAUGUAAUGAUAUUAUUUAUACAUUCUUUUAUUUUAAUCAACGACUAAAUUCUAUACUAUUGCACUAUCGACAUUGCUCGAACAAUUUCAAAUCAUCAAUAACACAUUUUAAUUUUUGGCAAAAUUAUUUACCAUUUAUUGGAUCACAAAUACAAUGUUUAACUAUAAAUACUAUUGAUUUAUCUUUUCCAUUGAACUUAUUUCCAAAUUUAAAAUCUAUCAUUAUUUCUUCUCCAGUUCCAAUUGAUUAUGAACAAAUUGGUUGUAUAUCGGAAAGUGAACAAUUUAAUCACUUAACUUCAUUUAAAAUUAAAAAUAAAAUUUCCAACAAAGUUAUGUCUUAUGAAUAUUCUAAACAGUAUGAGCGAUCUCUAUUAAAAAAAAUAUUUAGUGAUGAAAACUCAUUGGAGACAUUUGAAUGUUUAUCAGAAUUAUAUGUUUGUAGUUUGCAAGAAAUUGGUAAUUUAGUAAGCAAUGUAAAUAUUCAUUCGUUGUCAUUGAAAUCGGCAGAUUGUAUAAGUGCGUUUUCCUUUCUUAAAUACACACCGAAUUUGAAAAUUUUCAAUCUAAUUGCAACAACAUCUUAUUUACGCGAUAAAUUAGAUAAAGACCUAAACUUAUCUAAGAUUAAAUUAGAAAAACUUUAUUUAACAUUAAAAAUAGAUGCUAGCGAUGGUAUUAUUGGUGGAAAGCAAUUUCGUUUAUUAACAAGUCUUAUAAAACAAUUUUCAUCAUCAUUAAAUCGUUUAUCAUUGAAUUUAACCGUUAUAAAAAUUGGUGCAGUCGAUGAUAUAUCAUUCAAUGGUAUUCAGCUUCAACAACAAUUAUUAGAACCCAUGAUACAAUUACAACAAUUUUAUCUUUACGCAAAGCUAUGGAAUCAUUCAAUUGAUAUUAAAAAUAUUUUAUCGACAUUCGAAAAUCAAUUUUGGUUUGAUCAUAAUUGGUCAGUUGGAAUGCAUGGAAACUAUUUAUAUACAUUACCAUUUCAUUUUGAUGAACUCAAUGAUUUUAUUGAUUUUGAUCAUAUUAAAUCGAACGAUUCGAAGGUUCUAAAUUAUCCUUGGACAUGGUAUCAUAUUACAUCGAUUAGUUUCUCUAGUUCAUCUAAAUUAAAUUUAAAUUUAAUAAAACAAUUAAAAAUGAAAAUGCCAAAUUUAAUGAAACUUACAUUUAAUUCACUUCCUUCUCUGUGUUUUGAAACAAUAGAAAAUUCAUCUAUAAGCGACAAUGAAUUACAUAAAAUUGACACAACACUAGAUAGUGUGACUACCGUUCAUUUUGGAGGUGAAUUGAUGGAAGAUACUAAACAGUGGUUAUUUCAUAUGUUACCAAACUUAAAGCAUUUGGUUUUAUCUGGUACGACUCAAUUCUUCCCACUAGUGGAUAAAAGAAUUGAAAGAUUAACAAUACUUAAUUUGUAUGCUCUUUCCAAUGUCAUAAAGCCAGAUGAUGUUUAUUUUCCAAAUCUACAACAUGUAGAAAUACAAUUUUUCUUAGAUUCUGAUUUAAAUUUAAAUAAGUAUGCACCAUAUUCUGUUAUGGAAAUGUUGAAAAGUUUCGAACAAACGAAGACUUUGCUAAUUCAUUUUUAUUGGUGUAGUGAAGAUGGUUGGUAUCGUAUAUCAAUAGCUGAUCUGAGCAAGCUGAUUGCCAAGUUAGAUAUGAACGAAAUUUUGAAUACCUUUGAAAUGAAGCAUUUUUAUAAUUUUCUUCAAUUUAUCAAAAGAGAACAAUAA